AUGAAGCUUGUUGCCAACCCACGAGUAAAGUUAGAGCCCGAGGAGUUGAUGAUUGGGAAUCCUUUUUUGCUUAAGUUUAAGGAAGAGCUUGCGAAACUGUAUGGAAAAGAUGAAGAAAGUGAUGAGAUAGUCCUUUUGGACAAUCCACUUGCAAAAGCUGAACUUCUCGAAUUGCGAGUUGACGACAAGUCUUUAUUACAAAUUAAGAAGGAGCCUAAAGAAGAAGAAGAACCAAAGUCAAAGAAGCAAAGAACGAAUUGA